UGUCCUCUCCGCUGGUGCACAUGUGUUGGAAGCAGUGAGGAAGUGCAGGAGUAGUUCUGACCCAAGUGAGUCAGUCAGUCCAUCAGUGCGCUAUGAGAGAAGCGCAUGCUGCAUGCUCACAAACAGCAUCUGCACUUGUUUUAUUUUGAGACGCAAACCCCUCAUGUGGACGCUUCAGGACAGAAGGAGCAGCCCCUGGUUUACAUUCUUGGAAUAUUCAGUCUGAUGCUUUAGAUAGUAGGUGAAAAUUGAGGAGUCAGUCAAGCCUGAAGACGAACAUUUUAUCAGGAAGAAUGACAGGAUUUACUGCCAAAUUCAUCUUCCUGGUGCUCCUUGCCACUUGCGUCUCUUCCAGCAGCAAGUCAAAUGUGCCGCGCCUCAGACUCUCCUAUAAAGAUCUAUUAUCAGCCAACAGGUCGUCUAUCUUCAGCGGUCAUCAUGGCCAACUCUCACUUUCAACUGUCUAUCUGGAUGAGUACCGUGACCGUCUUUUCCUGGGGGGCAAAGAUGUCAUGUACUCUCUUCUGCUAGGACCUCUCAGGAGCGAAUCCAAGGAGAUCUAUUGGCCCCCAUUACCUGGCAACCGGGAAGACUGCAUUCAAAGGGGGAAAGAGCCCCUGACGGAAUGUGCCAACUUUGUACGCCUCCUGCAGCCAUACAACCGUACUCACCUCCUGGCCUGCGGCACAGGAGCAUUCCAUCCUAUGUGCAGUUUCAUCUAUGUGGGCCACAGAGGAGAGCAUGUCUUCACUAUGGACCCAAAGAAUGUGGAAAAUGGCCGAGGGAGAGUCCCUCAUGACCCAAGCCUUCCUUUUGCUAGCACCUUCAGCGGCGGGGAGUUAUUUACAGGUCUGACAGCUGAUUUCCUAGGAAGAGACCCUGUGAUCUUCAGAAGUAUGGGAGAUCGCUCCACUAUGAGAACAGAGACCGAUCAUAAAAUCCUCCAUGACCCGAAGUUCGUGGCGGCCCACCUCAUUCCAGACAACGACGACAGAGACGACGAUAAAGUGUAUUUCUUCUUCACUGAGAAAGCCACAGAGGCCGGAGACAGGGAGGAGGCCAUUCACACACGUGUUGGACGAGUGUGUGCGAAUGAUGUAGGAGGACAGAGAGUGCUGGUAAAUAAGUGGAGCACCUUUAUCAAAGCCAGACUGGUUUGUUCUGUUCCUGGACCUCAUGGCAUCGAUACGCACUUCAACCAGCUGGAGGAUGUUUUCUUGCUGAGGACCAAGGAUGAGAGGAACCCAGACAUUUAUGCAAUUUUUAGCACUAUCAGUAAUGUAUUCCAGGGUUUCGCUGUGUGCGUGUAUCGCAUGGCUGACAUCAGAGAGGCUUUUAACGGACCAUUUGCUCAUAAAGAGGGCCCAGAUUACCAGUGGGGUGCUUAUGAAGGCCGGGUCCCUUACCCUAGACCAGGAGUGUGUCCCAGUAAAAUCACCAACCAGCCUGGCAGGGAGUUUGCCAGCACCAAAGACUUCCCUGACCAUGUGCUCCAGUUUACCCGCAGCCACCCACUGAUGUGGAGGGCAGUACACCCUGCCUUACGGCAACCAGUGCUUGUCAAAGCCAACGUUCCUUACAGGCUCAAACAAAUCGUGGUGGACCGGGUUGAUGCAGAGGAUGGACAGUAUGAAGUCAUGUUUAUCAGCACAGACAUCGGUACAGUGUUGAAGGUCAUUGCCCUCCAUGGUGGAAACAGCCUGGAAACAGAGGAGGUCACUCUGGAAGAGCUUCAAGUUUUUAAAGUGCCAACCCCAAUUACAUCAAUGGAUAUAUCAGUCAAAAGACAAGCCUUGUAUGUGGGCUCACCAGCAGGCGUGGCCCAGGUGAAGCUUCAUCGCUGCGAGACCUACGGAAAGGCUUGCGCCGAGUGCUGCCUGGCCAGAGACCCUUACUGUGCCUGGGAUGGCUCAUCAUGCACUCGAUACGUCCCCAACAGUAAACGCCGUUACCGAAGGCAGGACAUCAGGCAUGGAAACCCAGUUCUGCAAUGUCUGGACCAGAGCUUUAAUGAGGACAUGGAGGACAUGGAGGACAGAAUGGUGUAUGGUGCUGAGAACAACAGUACUUUUCUAGAAUGUGUUCCUCGCUCCCCACAAGCUUCUGUCUUCUGGCUUGUCCAGCGUGAUGACCGCAAGGAGGAGGUGAAGAUGGAUGAUCGGGUCAUGUCUACAGAGCAGGGCCUCCUAUUCCGCCGCCUUCUUUACCAGGAUGCAGGCAUCUACAUCUGCCGCUCCAGAGAGUACGGAUUUACCCAAACCCUCGCCAGAUUUACCCUCGAAGUCCUCCAGGGUGACACCUUAGAUGAGUUGAUGUCACGUGACAACGCUGGCUUGUCUGACAUACCUAAAGACAGAUCAACCGGGAUCUACAGGAACUGGAUGCCUUGCAGCUCAUACAACAGGUUGAGUCCGAUCGGCCAGUCGCGUAUGUGGUUCAAGGAUAUCAUGCAGACGAUUGGUCCGUCCAACUUGCCCCAUGUGGAGGAAUACUGUGAGAAGAUGUGGUGCAAUGAGAAGCUGAGAAGAAAGCACAAAAGCAUGGUGGAGAAGUAUCGACAGGCCCAGGAGAGUGCUAGGAAGGCCCGCAGCAAGAGUUCUGGUGAGCGGAACCGGACACCGCGGGACCUUAGCGCAUGGUUGGAAUGAUAGAGAAAACAUGAUGAAAAAAACUAAAAGCAAAAAUAAAGAAUAGUGAGAUGAGAACAGCAGCCUAAGGCCAAGAUAGGUUGAACUUAAUUUGAGAGGAGGUAGACGAUAGGAAGGUAGAUACUUGAUUCUGGUUUUCAUCCCGGAAGAGGAUUUCAAAAUCAACUAGCCUGGACAUGAUGAGAUAAAACAGUUUAGGACUUCAAACUUAGCACACAAUAGAAGUCAAUUAUGGAGAAACCCCUUUGUAUAUAUUUCCUGUACAUAUACCUUUUAAGUGACUCAUUUCAACAAUGUGUAUUAUCAUGAGUCUUUAGUGAAGAAGAAUACACAGAUUGUUUAAGCCAACAUUUAUGUUUUGGAUAAAAUUGGACUAUUUCACUGUGUAUUUAUGCACCACGCCCUUGCUUUGUGACAUCAGCACCCUCUCCACUUUAGGCUAACCCAGAACACUGACACAAUUAGCUCAACUAGCUAAUACAGAAAAUAAAACAUGAACGACAUGUUGAUGAUUCAACAGAUUAUGAGCACAGCUUUGUUUUCACAGCUGAACAUGGAACUUUUCAUUCAACAAGAUGAACUAUAUAUCAAAAUCCUUUUUCAUUUUUCAUGUACUACUGUAUGUUAAAAAUGUUCCAUUUCAUAUUAGCCAAUUUUUAUUUGUCGCCACGGUUAUGUGGUUCAGAGUAAUGCGCAAGGUAAACUGGUAAAGUGUGACAUUUAACCUAUUAGCAAGGCAAGCAUUCAUUACCAAUGGACAACAAAUUGUGAUAAUAGAAACAUCUUUUUAGCUUUACUAUCCACUACAUAAUUGUAUAUCCACUACUUACAUCAGCUUUUGCAAAGUCAUUUAUAGAAUACUCAAAAGUAAUUAUUUUUAGUCAAUGUAGGAAACUGGUUUAAUCACCUAAUUCAUCAUCUGUAUUGAAAUGGUUCUAAGAAUGUUCCAUUGUAAAUGUACUGCUUCUUUCAUGGACAAGUAGACAUGACAAGCAUGUCGAGUGUGGCACCCAUACACCAUUUCAUUGUGAUAGUUACAGAAUUGUGUCAAUGUGUAUUUAUGGACAAUUGUUGGAAGAUGUCUUGUGUUUUAGAUACUAGAGCUUUUAUUGCAUAAAGAAAAGACUUCAAGAGGAAAUUGUGAAUAAUAAUGUAAGCAUUUCAUAUUUGAAAAAUCUGUCAUUCACACAAUUCGUCAUUUUAGGACCACAGUCUUUUCACCACGGUACAAACACACUAAAGCACGUUUGACACUGGCAGUGUUUAUUUUCCUUGUCCAAGGCGGUGGUGAGGCUGACUAUUAGACUCCAAUUAAGGUGUUUUCUCUGAAAAUAUUGCCCCAGCAGGGGAAAAAGCUGCUUGACAGGGGUAUGGUGUAAGACAAAAUGUGAUCUUUUGAAAUGUAUCCAACAGUUUAAAUGAUUUCAGCUGAAAAUGUCUCCUAAAUCUGUGCCAAUUUUUAUAUUGUACCUUGACCAAUGAAAACUGUAUAUACAGUAUGAUGGAGAAAAAAUAGUAUCCAUAAAAAUGCAUUUGCAGGCUUCCAUGUGUAUGCUAGUUUGCAGCAGGUGGCUCUUCAUCAACUAAGGCCUUUUUCGCCUGGAAAAAAAAAAGAUACAUUUCAAAAAACAGCAAAGGUAUACAGUGGUAUGAAAAAGUAUCUGAUCCUUUUGGAAUUUUUCUCACAUUUCUGCAUAAAAUCAGCAUCAAAUGUGAUCUGAUCUUUGUUAAAAACACACAGAUGAAAAAACAGUGUCUGCAUUAAGUAAAACUACCCAAACAUUUAUAGGUUUUUUAUAUUUUAAUGAGGAUAGCAUACAAACAAUGACAGAAGGGGGGAAAAUAAGUGAACCAUCACAUUUUAUAUUUUGUGGAUACUUCCUGUAGCUGCAGAUCAGUCUGGCGCAUCGAUCAGGACUAAUCUUGCCAUAUUCUUCUCUACAAAAGUGCUGUAGUUCAGUCAGAUUUCUGGCAUGAAUCACUGUCUUUUGGUCAUGCCACAGCAUCUCAAGCGGGUUCAAGUCUGGACUUUGACUUGGCCACUCCAGAACAUUUAUUUUGUUCUUCUGAAACCAUUCUGAAAUUGAUUUAUUUCUGUGUUUUGGAUCAUUGUCUUGUUGCAGCAUCCAUCCUCUUUUUAACCGUCUGACAGAUGGCCUCAGGUUUUCCUGCAAAACAUCCUGAUAAACUUUUGAAUUCAUUAAACUUUUGAAUUUGUUCUUCCAUUAAUGAUUGCAAGUUGUUCAAGCCCCGAGGCAACAAAACAGCCCUAAAUCAUGAUUCACCCUCCACCAGGCUUCACGGUGUGGAUGUUGGUGAACUGUUCCAUUUUUCCUCCACACAUGAUGUUGUGUGUUACUCCCAAAAAUUUCAACUUUGGUUUCAUCAGUCCACAAAAUGUUUUGCCAAAACGUCUGUGGAGUGCACAUGUGCCUUUUUGCAAACAUUAAACGAGCAACUUUUUUUUUUUUAAACAGCAGUGGCUUCCUCCGUGGAAUCCUCCCAUGAACACAAUUCUUGGCCAUAGUUUUACAUAUAGUUGAUGUGUGCACAGAUAUAUUGGACUGUGCCAGUGAUUUAAGUCUUUAGCAGACACUCUAGGGUUCUUUUUUACCCCUCUGAGUAUUCUGUGCUGAACUUUCGGCUUAAUCUUUGGUGGACGGCCACUCCAUGGGAGAGAAGCAACAGUGCCACACUUUCUCCAUUUGUAAAUAACUUCUCUGCCUGCCGAUUGAUGAACAUCCAGACUUUUAGAGAUGGUUUUGUAUCCUUUCCCAGCUUUAUACAAAUCAGCAAUCCUUGAUCGCAGGUCUUCAGACAGCUCUUUUGACUGGGCCAUGAUACACAUUAGACAAUGCUUCUUAUCAAUACAAUUCUUACCAUGUGUGUGUUUUAUAGUGGGCAGGACAGCUUUAAACCACUCAUCAGUGAUUGGGCACACACUUGACUUAAAGAGCAAUUGAAAUCUUUUUUAACCAAACAAUUUAAGUCUCCUUAGGCAGAGGGUUCCUUACUUAUUUUCCCCCUUCUGUCAUUGUUUGCAUGCUAUUCUCAUUAAAAUAUGAAAACCUAUAUAUGUUUGGGUGGUUUUAGUUAAAGCAGACACAGUUUUUACAUCAAUGUGAUUUUGAUAAAUAUCAGAUCACAUUUGAUGGUCAUUGAAUGCAGAUAUGUGAGAAAUUAAAAAAGAUUCAGAUACUUUUUCAUAACCCUGUAAAUUGCACAAACAUAUGUUUGAAAAAACCAAAUAUGACGUUAAAACUCUUUGUAGUUCCUGAAGCCAACAUUAAUUAUUAGGUGUUAUAAAAGCUUGAGCCAGCUGAGAUUUGACACAAAGCAUCCAUGACUUUUGGACAAACUAACCCACAUUUCACAUCAGUUUUGUAUAGUUGUGUUUGUUCAAAAGUGACUAACAGCUUCAGGUGUUGUGGUAUUGGUAUAAUUAUUAUUAUUAUUAUUUUAAAUGUGUUCAUCAGCCAAUUUAGAAUGUUUCUUUUUCAAAUACAAGAAAAGAAAAGCAUACAUUUUACUGCACUUUUAGCCCGUUCUCACGUAAUGUUUUGUGACAGUAACAGGAACGGUGUUGUAUAAUUAAAGCACCUAUAGUGAACUUGUACCGUAUUGUUUUGUAAGCCUGUCCUAUUUGAAGGCAUAUUAGUUAUUUAAAUAUUGCUCUACAAGGUAUGCCAUAUAUUAAUAUACCAUCUGAACGACUUAAUCAUGGAUUUUGUGUGCUGUUACUAUUCGGGUUAUUAGUUCAAUGAACUUUACAUAAAUAUUUGGAGGAAAUGAACGGUAUUCCUGCUUGUUUGUGUUUUUUUUUUUUUUUCCAAGUCAAGAUUAACAGUGCCAAUGACACAAUUUAAAUGCAUUUACAGAUAAACUUUGGCUCUUCUGUCAUUAAAACAAAGAUAUGUUCAACUGAAUGGCAAAUGCUGUGGUGUCUUUAAGCGCUGUGUGUGGCCCAGUGGCAGAUGCUGGUCUUUUAAUGAGGGGAAGCUCAAAGUGUGUCUGCCUGUGAGUGCUAUUUGAUGGUGGAGGGGCUCAGCAGCACCUGUUGCUCAGUAGGGAAAGAAACUAGAGUGUCAGAAGUCAGUUCUCCAAACCCAAGCAGCUACAAUAAAAAUAAACAUAAAUAGAAACUCAAUUUUUCAACCUAGUUUCACGAGGAUGAUUUUGAAAGUCUCUGGUUCAACUCAGAACAAUGAAAUGAAAAUUGAAAGAUGCCUCCCCUGGAAGUUAAUACGACAAUAUUACUGAUUCGCUCAUUUCAUCCAUCAAAAAGGGAUUGAGCCUCAGAGAGAUCAUCCAAUCAUCAUGCAGGGAAGCCAGUGUCCGGGCCACUCUCAACUCUGUAGACACACCAGCGUC